AUGUCAAGAAUGAAUUACUGCUGCGUCUUGACCAUCACACUUAUCUUUAUUAUACGUUCAAAUAUCGGUGUUUGUUCCACGAAGCAUAAGUAUUCAAUUGGUCGUAUACCAGAUGCAAAACAUCCGUUUAGACCACCUGGUGCAACUGAUGUACGUGGCCCUUGUCCUGGGUUAAAUACUGCUGCCAAUCAUGGUUAUAUUAAUCGAAGUGGUAUUGUAGGAAUAGAUGAAGUAGUAAAGGGGCUAACAACCAUGUACAAUAUUGGUGAAGAUCUUGCUGUUAUACUUGCUGUAACAAAUACGUUUUUUCUUGGUAAUCCUGAAACUGGUAAAUUUUCAAUUGGUCAUAGUUCAGAUGAAACUGGUGCUUUCAUGGGUAUUAUCCCCGGUGGCCUAAAUGAGCAUAAUACAUUAGAACUUGAUGCAUCAUUAACACGUAAUGAUUAUGAUUUAGCUAAUGGUGAUAACUGGAGCUUUAAUGGUACACUGUAUGGUAUGAUGCAUGAAGUAGCUAAGGAAACUUCAAAUGGUCUUUAUACUAUUGAAGCAAUCGCCGCUUAUCGUCGUAAACGAUAUCAGCAAUCGCGUCGGGAUAAUAAAAAAUUUUUUUUUGACGUAAGAGCACUUCAUUCAUAUGGUGCAGCAACCUUUCUUUACGAAGUAUUUCCAAGUGCUGUAGAUAAAAUACCAUCAGAAGAGGUUAUUUCGUCUUUCUUUGGUGCUCAACGAUUAUGGGAUCAUUCGGGAUGGAUGCAUAAACCUGAACGUAUACCAUACAACUGGUACAGACGCCUCGAACCUUAUACAUUGGAUGAUAUAAUUCAACAAGCUGUAGCUAUGUAUAGGAUACGUCCAGUAGAAUUCGGAUGGAAUAUUGCUAGCAGCGGUCAGUUUUUCCCUUCUCCUGGAUUCUUAUCCAGCGAUGAAUUAGACGGGGACACUGCAUUUUGUUUGCUUGCAGAAUCAGUCAUCGCACUUGCACCAACGAACAUUACGGCGGCCCAAAACAUUUAUAUUAAAACACACUAUCCCUUAGUAUACCAAGGAUUAGCAAAAUAUUCAUGUCUCCAACAAUUGGCAUCAACAUGA